AAGAGAAAUAAACAACAGCUAAGUAAUAAUUAUAUUUAAGUUGACGGUUCUACAAAUCAUGGAGAAGUUCCUGAAAAGAUCAAAAACAGACUCAGCCAGCAAAGAAAAUGUAAUUGAUAUUGGCAAUAUCAACAGUGGUAGUGAAUCUGAUAUUGGAUUUGAAAAAAUAAGAACAAGAAAGAUGUCAUCAGAAGCAUGGGCCUUUUUUGAAAAAACGAAAGAUGGAAAACAUGCUAAAUGUCGUGUAUGUUCCCAAACAUAUAAAACCAGCGGCAACACAUCAAACCUUUUCGACCAUCUCAAACGAGCUCACCCGACUUUCCGAGAAUUGCUAAAACCAGCAAAUACUAUCAAACCCUUUCUUAAAAACGUUGAAACGUAUGCAAAUACCUCGGAACGUAAACAAGCAAUUGACAGUGCCUUAAUGGGUAUGAUUGCUUCCGAUGUCCAGCCAUUCAGCAUUGUCAAUGACAAGGGUUUUCAGAAAUUUAUAAAAUGUUUAGACCCUCGCUACGAAUUGCCAUCUCGUAAUACUUUACAAAAUGUGCAUAUGGCAAAUUUGCACAAAAAAAUCAAAGAUAAAUUGCAAGAUAUUCUUAAUGAAGUCGAUUACUGCUCAAUUACUACGGACUGUUGGACAUCUCGUGCAAAUGAAGGUUAUUUAACUGUCACGUGUCACUUCAUCACGAAUGAAUUCACCUUACGUUCAGCUGUUUUAUCAACAAAAAAACUUCUAGUGGCCACUAAUCACGGUUCAGAUAAUAUUGCAUCUUCGUUGCGUGCUGUUUUCAACGAAUGGGGUAUUAUGGAGAAGGUCGUGUGCGUUGUUACAGAUAAUGACAGCACUAUGAUUAAAGCAUGUGAGCUGCUACAGAAACGUCAUCUUCCAUGCUAUGCGCACACAAUAAACCUUUUGGUUCAAGACUGUUUAAACCAAACAUUUAUAAAAGAAAAUGUUUUAGCAAAGUGUAAACGAAUCGUGACAUUUUUUAAGUCCAGCACAAUCGCAUAUCAAAAGUUUAAGGACAUACAAGCGACAGUUAAACCGUAUAGUCUGCUGCAGGAGGUGCCCACACGUUGGAAUAGCGCAUACAGGAUGAUUGAGAGAAUAUUGCUUACAAAUGACUUUAUUUCAACUGUACUAUUAGCAACAUCAAAAGCUCCAUCACCUCUGACUGCAGAUGAAAUUGACUUCUUGAAGGAUCUUAAAGAAAUUCUAUCGCCCUUUGAAAAUGCCACCGUACAGACGUCAUUGAGUUCAUCUGUAUCAGUUUCCUUAAUAAUACCAUUAACAUGUGGCCUCUUCCAAAGUCUUCAAGAGCUAAAAGGAAAAAUGAAGACACCAGAAGGACUCCAAGCGUGCCUAUUCUUAAUCGAGCGGAUAAAGAAGCGUUUAUUUCCUUAUGAGGACCGAACGGCAACAAGAUUAGGCACAUUAUUAGAUCCACGGUUUAAAAAAGAAGGAUUCCGAUCUGUGUUUAAUGCAGAUCAAGCAUCAAAAGUCCUAGAAAAUGAAAUGGCUGCUAUAUGUAAGGGGCAUUCUUCAACUGUAGAACCGUCAACUUCACGAAGCAUGAACAAUGAACCACAACAGCCACUCCUUAAUUUUAUGAAAAGUAAAAUAGCUAACAAAGUAAGAACAAGCCGAGUUGAUGCAAUAGUCUAUACUCGACAGUAUUUUGAAAAUGAAAAUGCUCCGACAGAAAGUGAUUCACUGGAAUAUUGGAGAUAUAAUGCCAAUGACAUGUCUUCACUUAAAAUAUGUGCGACACGUUAUUUAUGUAUUCCAGCCACUUCAACCGAAUCGGAAAGGAUGUUCAGCAAAGCUGGCUUAAUAAUUUCAGAGAGAAGAACUUGCCUAAAAUCCAAAAAUGUAGACAUUCUUCUUUUUUUAAACAAAAAUGACUGGAUUACCCAAUAAUUUUCACAUAGAAAAUAGUAUAUGCUUCGAUACCAAUAUUAGUCUUAAAGAACACAAUU